AGAGGGUAUUUUGGGUACUAAAAAGUGUAUAAACCUAAUUCUGUGGUUUCUUCUUCCCCCUCACUCUCUUCCUAGCCAAACAGCUGUGUCGCUUCAUCACCCGAGCUGGGUGGCGCGUGGAGCACAAUUGUCAAUGGAAGGCUUGAAGGUCUCGAAAGCGAAUUUAACUGUAUACAUUCACCCUUCAAGAGCAAUCAGGUUUCCCAAGCUGUCUCGUGAACUCAGCUCCUUGCUUUUUCACGUACGCUUCCAAACCCUAACAAAACGUCAUAAUCCUUGUCGUCGUUUUGUCUUUAACUUCUCCUAUUCCAGGUUCAGCGAAAUCGUCGACGGCGUCGUUCUGGCUUACGAUGUCAACUCGCUCGACACAUGCGCUAAGAUCCUCGGCGUUCACCCUUACUUCGGCGUCAAACUAAGGUCAAUUUUUUGCUCUUUUCUCCCAAGCCCAAACAUGGUUUCAGAAGGGAAGGUGGUUAAGCUUACGGAGGAUUCCAUUUCACGUUGUUGUGCUGGCUUUUCCGCUGCGGUUAUAGCAGAGAAAGACAUCAGGGAAGAGUUUGUGUGGAAAAUGAAAAAAGGGCAUGAGGUGUACGCAAGCAGGUCUAACAAGCGACAUGUGAUAAAGGUCGGGACCAUGAUACGGUUUUUAGUCAAGAGUUUUGAUGAAGAAAUACUUCAUGUUUAUGGAUCUCUAAUUCCUGAUCACACAGGCAGCAUUCAUUGGUUGGACAAGAACUUAGAAGUUGUUUCCCAUGCUGACAGGAGUGAAAAGAAGAAAAGAAUUCAGCCAGAACGAAUAAUGCUUGAACAAGAUGCUGUGGACGGGGAACUGUCAACCUUGGACAUUGUCGAAAAGAGAACAAGUGCAAAAAGGCAAAAAUACUUGGAGGAAUCUUGAAUGUAGAAUUGGAAUCUUAUGUUGAGUGCAUUUUAUCCACAGGACUGGUAACGCAAAUUGGCGUCUUAAUUACAUUGGGAUGCUUCAGCAUUUAGACUUCUGAAAGGAUUCCCGAAGUUUCCUUGGACAUAGGUGCACUUGUUUCAUUUAGGUCAUAAUUUUUGAAGAUUCUGAUGAUAAUUUACUGUAUGAUUAAGAAGUCAAAGGAAGUUUUGCAGUAUUUUUCUAUUGGUAACAUAGCUUAUUAAUUGAAUCCUAUAGGAAGUGGGACCUAUCCAUGUAUAUCACCGAGUCUCGUAAUUAGAUAGGAUGGCAUGAAUUACGUGGGAAGAAAGGUUGAAUGUUUUUUCUUGGUUUGAUCACAUCAAUAUUAUAUGCUGAAAUUAUCCUAAGCUUUUUUUC